CCGCCCCUACCGGCUCAUCCUACUUACAUCGCAAUCGCAUACUGACCCUGCGACUCUAGGCCUGGGCUGCGGCCAUGUCAUCUGCCAUAACCGGCGCUGCGGGUCUUCCAUUGCGCGCCUCACGUCAAGCCGCAUCAGCACGUCUGUUCCUCCUUUGCGUCUCGACUUCUUCGCUCCUGGCACCGGCCCACGCUCACCGGAGCUUCUCUUCGCAAAAUACUCGCUCCUCCACGCUAUACGCACCGCAAACAUGCCCAUUGAACCGCGAUUCUUCGCCUGCCACGAUCGGCUUGCGCUCGUUCCACUCCUCGUCGCAUAAUUGGCAAAGCACGCCGCAAUUCACCUUCCAUGUCGCCUCGUCGUACUCGGCCAAACAAGACAGAUUCAGUGCCAACAGGAACAUCUACACAAGUGACGUCUACGACCCCAGCAAGAUUGAGGUGACCGACCUCAGGCAAUGCAAAACGGCAAAAGCAAGGCGCUCUCGCGCAAAGAGUGGACAGGAUGCUUUCUUCUUCAGCCAGGUCGGAACCUCAAAGAGCACCGCUUUCGGUGUAGCAGACGGAGUGGGCGGCUGGGUUGAGUCGGGCAUCGAUCCUGCCGAUUUCUCCCACGGCUUAUGCGAGUACAUGGCCUGCGCAGCGCGCACAUGGACACCCAGGAACAAAUCCUCCUCCACUAUGCACCCGCAGAGCCUGCUCCAGGUCGGCUACGACCAUGUCAUAGACGACGAUAGCAUAGUCGGAGGUGGGAGCACCGCAUGUCUGGCUGUCGCAGAGCCGGACGGCCAUGUGGAAGUGGCCAAUCUCGGAGACUCUGGCUUCAUGCACUUGGGCCUGAAUGCCGUGCGACAUUUUACGGAACCGCAGACGCACGGCUUCAACACACCGUAUCAGCUGUCCAAAACCCCGCAGCGCAUGCUCGUGCAAAUGGCUGUGUUUGGCGGGCCUAGCACGCUGUCAGACCUUCCCAAGGUGGCGAGUGUAACGAAUCACCGUGUCCGCCACGGAGACGUGCUCGUCUUCGCCACAGAUGGGGUGUGGGACAAUCUUAGCCCUCAGGACGUGCUUGGCAUAGUGAGCCGCAAUAUGGUGGAUAUCGGGGGGUGGGUGGAGAACGAUGGUGCUAUCGAAGUUGGAAGCGAGCUGCGUGCUCUGGUGCAGGCAGGCAAAGAAAGCAAAGCAGAUGCCACUUCAUUGCAAGCAAGAUUGGCCAUUGCCAUCGCGAAAGAAGCAAAAGAGACGGGCUUGAAUCAGCGACGAGAUGGGCCCUUCGCGAAAGAAGUGCAGAAACACUUCCCAGGCGAGGCAUGGCACGGUGGUAAGCCAGACGACAUCGCCGCGCUGAUAGCAUUGGUCGUGGAAGAGCCGCAGGAGUAAGAGUAAGACAUUCGUAUACGGGAUCGCAAGAGUCACGCAUUUGUACGCAUAUUGUGAAGUUGGUUGCAUGGGUCGGCGUUAUAAGAGAAGUCACGAUUCGCCCACGGCACGCGGUAGUAUCGGCAUCUUUAGGAGGUACCUUGAAUUCUAGUAGGCGGCGGAGUUUUCUUGUACAUUACGGGUCGAAUCUACAAAAAUUCAGCAGCUGUCGUG